CAAUUUCCAACAACUGCAGUCACUCAGGUCUCUUAAAUGAAAGAAAUUCUAAGCAGUUUUUCUUCAAAUUAUUUCCUAAUGGAGGGCUUCAGAAUUAUUGUUAUGAGGACGGGAGAGCCUGUUUAUGGGUGAUACAAUUAUGUGAGAUUCCAGGUAAUCCAAAAAUAAGUGUAUCCACAAAUGUGUUUUUUCUUAUAAACGCUGCUUUUCUGAAGCUAUGUGCCUAUGAGUAGGGUUUUUUUCAUUGCGCACGCUGAUACAAUAAACUCGACUUUGAUUUUGGUAUUAGAAAUCUCAGCUAGCGCUCAAACCGGUGACCGUCCGACGCCUCACCCAACAUGGCUGGCGAACGGUGACACGACGUCCGCCGCCCUUCUUUGCCGGAAGUGGGCUAACCGGUGCGCCGGUCUCUAGGGCGACUCGGUGUCCGAGCUACUUGUAAUUUUAACCCGAGACAGGAUGAGGUUGUGGGUGAAUCCUUAAUUGAAUGAGGCUUAUAUUUUUUUUUAAAGCACUUGAUUUUGAAGUAAACCAUUAGCGGGGUAGUCGGUCUUUUGUCUCUGGGCGGUGGUGCCGCCCAGAGCGGGGCAGCGGGGCAGCGGGGCAGCCCGGACCCGGGGUGACUCCGGGCCGCAGUUCACUGGGAUUUUAAUCAUCUGUGCAGCCGCUGGCCGAGCCAAACCCGAUCAACCCUGCAUGCAUCUUAUGCGCGCCCGUCUUUGAUCGCUGUCUUUUGUUGCUGAGAUUGUCCAGCAUGGAGUUCCCGUUUGAUAUUAACCCCCUCUUCCCCGAGAGGAUCUCGGUGCUGGAUCACCACCUUCAGCCCGGCCGCAAGAGCAGCUCCAGCAAGGCCACUCUUGAGAACCAGCUUGCUGUGGUGUUGGACAAGAUGGGGGAGGCUUCAGCCAAGGCCCAGCAGCUGUCCGCACCCAUCACCAACGCCUCGCGGAUGCAGAUGAACCGGCAUCGUCUCUACAUCCUGAAGGACACCGUCGCUAACCAUGGGAAGGGAGCUGCUAUUGGUUUCCUGAAAGUCGGAAACAAAAAACUCUUUGUUCUGGAUGGGCAAGGUGCGCACAAUGAAAUGGAGCCCCUGUGCGUGCUGGACUUCUAUGUACAUGUCUCACUGCAGCGGCAUGGUUAUGGGAAAGAGCUUUUUGACUACAUGAUUCAGUACGAAGGUGUAAAACCUUAUCAUCUGGCCAUCGAUCGUCCCUCCAGCAAGUUCCUCAGCUUUCUCAGGAAGCACUAUGGCCUGUCAGCCACGAUUCCUCAGGUUAACAACUUUGUGGUGUUUGAUAGUUUCUUCCGGGACAGACCGAUGCGUGGGACAAGGCUGAUUCACAGAAGUGCCCCGAAGAAGGUGGAACAAGAUAUUAAACCUUACUCCAUUACGGUGCGGGAGGGGCUCCCUGAGGACAAGGAGCUCCCCUGGCCCUUCAACCAGGCGCCCUCUCUGACGCGCUCAAAUAGCCUGGGUUGCAGCUCCCGCCGGCAAGCUGGUCGCCCCCAGCCCGGCCAGCAGGAAGUUCUGCGCCACAUCAGGGGCGUACACCCCCAAGUGCUGAACGGCGCGAGGAUGGCAGAUGACACCUCCGCCCACAGGAGGAGAACCAGUGACGUUCCUGAGGCGAAGGAAGAGGUUACCCCGGGGAACACGUGUACGGUUGGCAAAGCGUGCUCUCGGUCUCCAGAUUACAGACCAACGAUGUCAACUGAACCUUGUUUGGACCAGAACCCAUCAGGACAGAGGAGACUGUCAGGACUCGGGGGCACAGGAUGCCAGAGUGGCGGGGCCAGAACUCUGACCCAUCCCAUCCCACCCUUGGACCUGAAGCACCUCUCCCAGGACACAGACCUUCCAGGGAGGCAGGAGCCUCCUCCGGCCCCAAGGCGCCAGGGAAGUCCAGGCCUGGGUCAGAGGGAUCAGUCGCCCGAGCAGAGAGAGGCAGCGGGGCAUGGUCCGAGCGGCUGCCACCAGCAGGGAGCCACCCAGAGCCCCUGGUGUGGUGGUGAUCCCGUCUCCUGGUCAGACUCCACUCUCGUCUCCCACCCCCAGUGGAUCCGCCACAAGUACAAGUUCAGGAAUACCCGUCCCUGGUGAAGCUGGGUUAGAUGGUAUUCGAUCGGCCGAGCAUCCUUAUUCCCAGAGGAGACCGGCCAGCGUUGCACUCCCCACCCUCCCCUAAGAGGCUGCUGGGGGGUUUUCUCUGUGGGGGAACAGUCUGGAGAACCAGUCCCUUCACAGACUCGGAGCCUGGGACGGUCUAUCAGAGACCAGGAGCAAACUCCAACACUGAGCCCCUGCUCUCUGUCCAACGUGACCACCUGGAGCUCCUGGUCGCUGCCAUUUCAACUCCCUCCAUUCCUACAUUGACCAGCCUGCCCUUGGUCCCCUCCACUGUCAGGGAGAGGCUGAACACAAGCUAAAGAAACAUUGCCAUUACACAUAGGAACAGAAUUAUGCCACAUUCGGCCCAUUGAGUCUGUCUGCCAUUCCGUCAUGACUGUCAUAUCUUUCCUCUGAACCCCCUUCUCCCCGUACAUUUGAUGCCCUUAUUAAUCAAGCACCUAUCAACCUCCCCAUUAAAUAUACCCAGUGGCUAGAAAAACUCACACAAAAUGCUGGAGGAACUCAGCAAAUCAGGCAACAUCUAUUCAGGGGAAUAAACAGUUGAAAUUUCAAGUGGAGACCCUUCAUCGGGACUGGAAAGGAAAUGGUUUCUAGCCCUGAUGAAAGAUGUCAUCCAAAAUGUCGACUGUGUAUCCCCCACCCCAUACUUACUGCCUGACCCGCUGAAUUCCUCCAGCUUUUUGUGUAUGUGGCUCUGGAUUUCCAACAUGUGCAGAAGCUCUUGUGCUUUUGAGUCUUUUCUGCCAGGAGUAGGUGGGUGCUGCUGACUUGGUGACCGAUAAAGAGAGGUGGCAGGGGAAACUUGAAGUAACACCCAUCCGUAUCCCCUGUUCCAAACCCAGCUGCAACCAGCUUCCCAGUUCAUGCCUCCCCCAGGCAAAGAAACUGCCACCCCCACCCCAGCACAGCAGAGUUUCCAACAACCCACUGGAAGAACUCAGCAGUCGAGCAGCAUCCGUGGGAAACCUUACAUCUCCUGACUCUUAGUUUCCCAGAGUGUGGAAUCCACUCAUGCUCCCACGUCACGACCGGACACCAGCUCCACCUUUCCUCAGCCAAGCUCAUGCUCUUCCUCUUUUCCUGUUCCGUCGUCUUCGAACUCCCAGGGUGCUCCUCCAAGCCCCUCCUGCGUUCUUGUUUUCCCCGUUUUGUCCUUAACUGGGUCGACCACCUUCAAGUGGUGACCCUGCAAAGGACGUGGAACUGUUCACAGUUACUUAGUGCUUACAAAUCAGUUCCUGUUGAAAGAUAUAUCUUCCCAAUACAUCUAAGGUGAUCGCUAACUUAAAAUCUUGUCGUAGGUGGAGAUGCUGCUGCACGGCCCCAGAGCUCCAAAUCCAGAUCCCUGUCUGUGUGGAGUUUGCACGUUCACCCUGGGUGCUCCAUUUUCCUCCCACAUCCUAGGACACAGUGGGGGUCAGUUGUUGUAAAUUACCCCAGUGUGCAGGAGAAUUGAAAGGCAUGGGAGAAGAUACAGGGUAGGGGAAUGGUAUUGCAAGGACUCAGUGGGCCAAAUGGCCUUCCACAUCAGAAUAACGAUACGGUAUAACAAAGUGCUUCUUGCUCCACUUGGCCAAAGUUGAUUCCCCUUCCCGUUUCCCCCCCCCCCCCCCCACACAUGCUAUACAAAUUCUGUAUGCCUGUCUCAGACCUCCCACUUGCUAUUAUCUGUGCAAUUAAUACACUGGGACUCCUUUUUAAUUAUUUCUGAAGUGUAAGCAUUUUGCUAGUUUUUAACCGAGAGGAUUUUUUUGUGAAACGUUCCUAUAUUCGUCGGAUUCGCCCCUCUCCCCCACACGCAAGUUUGACAUUGAGUUGUUAGGGCAACACAAUGCAAGAGUCAAACCGGGGGUUUCUGUUCACCGCCAAAAAGUAUUAUGUGCAUGUGCAUGAAGAUUUCAAUGUGUACCUACCAUCUGUGCCUUAGGGGUUGUGGUGACACCUCCCCCUUCCUUUGUACCAUGGGUAGCUUGCCCUGCGUUUGUCUAUUAAAUUAUUAACAUGUAUGUAACAGUGGUGUAUUCGUGGAGAAGACCGUUUGCAAUUAAAGUAUUUUUAUAUGCAUGCA